AUGACUUAUUUGAGGGCAAAAUAUGAAGAAUUGCAAAAGGGGAAAGCUGAGCUAAUAGAACAAAUUAAAGUAAUGGUUCCUGGAGUGGACGUUUUAGAGUUGGACUCAUUUAAGUCUGUGGUGGAUGGGAAAAGGUCUUUUGGCCAAAAGGAUUUAGCUUCCUCUAAUCACUGCUUAGGACUUCUUAAUAUUGCUUUGCUAGUGGUUUUCACCUGUUCCUGUGUUUAUGGGUGUUCAACAAAUGUGAAUAUCUACUAG